CGCCAUAUUGGAAAUUUGGAGCUGAGUGAAUUUGUCAACAUUGAACUGACGGCAAAAUGAUCGUCGAACCGUCAGUUCAGAUGCGUCUUUAUACGCUCACAAAGAGACAGUUUGUAAUGGUAUUUGUAGGAUUCUUUCUAUGUUUCUUCAUCACAGUAUUAAUUGGUAUUGCAGGUCCACCAUUGGUCGAGAGUUAUGAACAGAAUGCCUCACAGCUUGUGCCUGAACCAGAAAAUCUAGCAGUGGGUCCAUUUCAUUUAAAAUCACCAACAUUAUCUACAUUUAAUCAGCAACUAUGGCUAUCAGCAAAACCAUUUUUAGAUCAUGCAAAAGAUGAAGUUUUUGCCAAAACAUUUUUGAUGAGUGUUGAGGUUCAUGGUCAAGAUGUAGAUACCACAGUGCACUCCCUUAGUGAAGCUGCACAUAAUAGAACUAGGUGGAUAAAAUGUGCACAAGAAUGUGAAACAUUCAUAGUGUUACACCUCCCAUAUUUGGAUUUCACAAACUUUCUUAUCAUCUUAAAAUUUUAUGGUUUGGAAUCAUUACAAGAGAAUAUGAAAAAUAUUGUAUUUCGGUUUGACACAUUUAAUCCUUCAUUCACACAAGUGGAAAUCUGGUUUCGAUUUAUAUUCCUUGUUCUUACAUUCAUUGUCACGUGUCUGUUUGCUCAUUCUUUGAGGAAAUUCUCCAUGAAAGACUGGGCAUUUGAACAGAAAUGGAUGUCAGUUUUAUUACCUCUUCUUUUACUCUACAAUAAUCCAGUAUUUCCAUUGACUUUUCUUGUCAACAGUUGGGUUCCUACAAUGUUAGAUAAUCUGUCUCAGGCCACAUUCUUGUCAGCAUUGCUACUAUUCUGGUUGUGUUUAUACCAUGCUGUGAGGCAGAGUGAAAGAAGAAUCUCAACUUUCUACUUCCCAAAGUUACUUAUCACUGGUAUACUGUGGCUGACAGCAUUUUCGUUAGCAACGUUUCAACAAUAUAAUGAAUUGAAUGAUCCUACCUUCCAGUAUAAAGUAGAUACUGGUAGUUUUUUAGGUUUAAAGAUCUUCUUCUUCAUAGUUGGCAGUAUUUAUUUAUUGUAUCUUAUCUUCUUAAUAGUUAGAGCCUAUACAGAACUUAGAUCAAUGCCAUAUUUCGAUUUAAGACUCAAGUUUAUGACAGCUCUUAUGUUUUGUGUUGUUACGAUCAGUGUAACAAUAAUGGCACUCAGAUUUGGUACUGGUGUGUUGGAUCCUAACUUUGUUCCAGAGUUAGCAACACGAUAUCAAAAUUAUAUCCUUUUAUCGUCAAAACAUUUAUUGUGCAUUACAGCCAUUAUUAGUGCACUCUGCAUUAUUUAA